CUAUUCUAAAUUUAUAAUUGCCUCACUCAUGUUUUUUAAUUGGCAUGACAAAGUUUUAUUAAUGAGAUAAGAAAUUGAGACACUAUUUAACAACAUAAAAUCUUAAUCUUAAAAAGAGAUAAAAAGAAAAGUGGGUGUGAAUUUAUCAAAAUUUUCCAUACACAAACACACACAAGUCACCCUCACUUUGUCCCAUGUUAAACCAACACCACACACACACUCUCUUCCUAUUUGCUCUCGGGGGAGUGAUCAAUCCCUAUCUCUGAAUGUCUGAGGCCCAAUAUACUUCACAGUUUCAGCUCACACAGCUCAUUUUGAACAACAGAUUCUGCUUUAUCAGCAUCAACCUAUACUAUAUAUAAACUUUUCUACUUUUCAUUUUGAAGUAGCUAUGAGUUACCAUUUUCUGGUCCACCUUCUAAUCUCGAACCUUGCAUGCUAAACUAGUACACACUCACUUUUAUUUUCCCUUUGUUCUUGCUUUUUCCAACUUCAACAACACCAUUUCUGUACUCUACACAUAUCAUUUCAAUUCCCAUCACCAAGUGACAAGGGAAAAAAGAGACAGACACAGAGAAAUCUAUUCAAAGCACCCCCACUUUAUACACACAUAACAUAUCAUGCCCCUGUCAUUAGUUAUAAUCCUAUGAUUAUAAGCUGAUAUAGCUAGUAGCUUCAUUCUGCUAUUCAUCAUUACAAAAAUGUGGAUGGUGGGUUACAAUGAAGGUGGUGAGUUCAACAUGGCUGAUCAUUCAUUCAGUGGAAAGAAAACCAGGCCUUUCAUGCCAAUGCCAAUGGCUUCUCCAAACAAUGCUUUAACAACAACAACCAGCAUUCAUGGCAACACUUUCUUUUCACAAUAUCAUCACUAUCAUCACCAUCAUCAAGCAAUAUUGGGAGAGCAGCAGAGCAAGAGAGAUGAGUGCAAUGAUGGUACACCAGUUGUGGUGAGCUCAAGGUGGAAUCCUACCCCGGAGCAGCUAAGAGCAUUGGAAGACUUGUAUAGUGGAGGAACAAGGACACCUUCUGCGGAGCAAAUUGAGCACAUCACUGCACAGCUUAGAAGGUUUGGUAAAAUUGAAGGGAAGAAUGUUUUCUAUUGGUUUCAAAAUCACAAAGCCAGAGAAAGGCAAAAGCGCCGCCGUCAAAUGGAAUCAUCAUCAUCUGCUGCUGGUGAUCAUGGUCACCAACAACACCGCGAUUGUGAGGCUCCGGAGAAGAAAAAUCCAGGUGCAACUAGGACAAUGUCUGAAGUGGAACAGACCAAGAACUGGGCACCCUCUACAAACUGCAGUACUCAUGCAGAGGAAUCUGUUCCAACACAAAGAGCAGCAAAAGCAGUGGUUGCUGCAGAGUGCAGACUUGGUGGAUGGCUCCAAUUUGAUGAAGAAGAAUCACAACAAAGAAGAAACUUUCUGGAAAGGAAUGACACAUGGCACAUGAUGCAUCAGUUAACUUGUCCUCCUCCACCUGCACCUGUCACACCCCUCAUAAAAACCUCUCCUAAUGCCUCUGCAUCCACUUCUAGUAGUAUCAUGGCAACUACUACAACUACCACAGUAAGAAAUUACCUCAUUAAAACCCAUGAUCUCACCUUUUUCAUUUCACCUCAGAGUGAAGAACAUGAUAACUGCGUUGUGGAGUCUCAAACCCUUCAACUUUUCCCCUUGAGGAGUACUAGUGAUGGUGAUGGCAGCAGCAGUGGAGACAUUAACGAUAAAGAGACAGAGAUAUCAGCUUCAGCAUUGAAUUCCAACCUGACCCCAAGUCAAUUUUUUGAGUUCCUUCCAUUGAAGAAUUGAUCAGAGACAUAUAAAUAUAUACAUAGCCAUGUUUGUGAACUGAUGGGAUUGUGUUUUGGUGUUGUUAGUUUGUUGGAAAAUGGCACUGCUUUUAUUGUUAGAGAUGUGAAUGUUUCAAGGAAUUGGUGCUGUAGUAGGAACACUCAUCAGUGACUUUGAAUGAUGCAGGCAUUUUCCUUCGGACUGCAUGUGGACUAUGUUGGUUGAAUCAAAAUUAGAAGUAUUUACUACAUCUAAAGGGUCAUGGUAAAUACUAAAUAGGCCUUAUUUAGUAACUUGAUAGUUGAUAUUUUUAUAUACCUCUGCACUACAUGUGGAGGACUUUAAUGAGAUAUGUAUGAGGAAUUUGAUCUGAGGGUUUGAUUUAAAGACAUAGUAAGA